AUGUCACGCUUCGGGGCCCUACUGGAAGAACUGGAUGUCAACGUGCGGAUGCAGUUCCACGACACGACGGUCGAGUACACGGAGGAGGUUGCUCUGUACCUGGAUCUGGUCGAUGUCCUAACGUCGGCCACAUUGACCCAGAUCAUGGCAAUAUGUAUCGGACUCAUGCGCACAUUGGCGCAAACGCAACAGAGCGCCGCGCUGCGGGCGUGCGUGGUGCGGCUCGUAACGGCGGCGGCGGCGGCAAGCGACAUGUACACGACAAUGGAACCGAGGCUGGCCAUCAAGCUGUUGGAACUGAUGGACAGGGACGAGCUGGUCGACACGCACGUGAGUCUGACGAUGGCGUGCAAGCUCACCCAGCUGGUCGAUCCACACACCCACAAGGACUUUGUGCGGCGCAUAAAUUUGUACCGGCGGUGUGUGGACUUUGUGGCGCUGGACGGCACCGGGACGGCGUGUGUGGUCAAGGAGCUGCUUAACACAUUCAUGGUGGCCGAGUGUACGACGGUCUCGAGCCCGUUUUGGCGGAUUGUGACACAGCCCGUGUUUGAGAUCAUGUACCGGCAGGUGGAACACAGCGAACCGCACCUGCGGAGCCUGGUGACACUGACGGCGCGGUACGUCAACUCACCGUUCUUUGCAAGUACGGUGGGUGCACGGGGGGACUCAUCAACAUUGAACCUGGACCCCGCGCAACUGUUGCGGUUCUGCUGUGAGAACUUCAAGACGUCGCAGCAACCGGUGUCGCUUGUGGAGCUUGUGGUCGUGUGUGUGCAGCACCAGUACUAUGUACCCAGCACGUACUGCGCGCCCGCGCUGCGUGUGUUUCUGCAGCUGGACCGCGAGGCGGGCACGCGCACACUGGCCUGGAAGGUGGCGGCCAUCUACGCGCAGUGCAUGCUGUUUGUGGGGUGCCCGGACUCGGCGCCCGCGGACGUCGUGGACCUGGCGUGUGUGGCGUCGAGCAUCCGCUACUACUGCCAGAACGACCUGUACAUUAUGGCGUACCACCAGGUUGAGGUGAUUCUGGUACUGUUCCGGCUGCACGCGCUGCCGUACGCGCACGUCGCGCAGCUUAUUAAUGUAGAGACGUUCCAGUACAUUGCCGCGGCUGCAGUGGGCAUGCUGGCUUCCAAGCUGACCCCGGCCAGUGUACGGGCAACCCUGGUCAACACGCUGGACCUGUACCUGUACUUUGCGGGCCGGUUUGAGCUGCCGAUGAUUGGUGCCAUCUACGCGGAAACAAUAGUCGGGGCCGACGCGGACACCAUUCGCCGGCUCCUCGCCCAAAACAUACUACUCUCAGAGGUAUGUUAA